AUGGUCAAAGCCACACAGCAGCCCGACGUAUGCGACUUCCAGCCCGCUCGAGACUUUACUGAGCCAGAUCCUCUCGUUUCCUCAUUUGAAAGCAGAAAAAGGCUCGAGUAUACGAAGCAACUCGAGGCCAGCAUCCAGUCAGAUUACGCAUACUUGCUACCCGGAUUUGGCUUGGAUUUGUACCAUGUUGCCACCAUCUUGACCAUCCCCUCCAGGAAUUUUAAACCCCCACUCAGGCUUUCAAUGGAAUCCUGCCUGAUUGAUGGACGUCCUUUUGGUGGCAAUAACCAUCAAGACAUUUUAGAGAAACUCGAAGAUAUUCCUCCAUUCUAUAGACAUUAUAUGAUGAAUCUGGGCGCUGCUGAUGUUGCGCCUGAACUGCAGCCUUAUGCCCUUAGGGACAACGAACCUCAACCAACUUACAGUGAUGUUGAUUCGGAUGACAUGGAUGUGGACUUCAAAAAGCUCCUCAGGAGGUAUGCUCGCACAAUCCCGACGCUGGAGGACCAUCUCCGAGACGAAGCAGAAGCAGCCAAAUGCCGAGCGCGCGAUGGCAACAUAUGCAUUGUGACUGGUAAACCAAAUCCCAAAACUUACCACAUUCUUCCCUUCACGUGUAACGACACCGUGAAUCAUAAUAACAACACCGCGUAUGUGAGGGCAGGUGCGGAGAGCCUUUUGCUUAAGGAUAUCCCCGCGCAGGCGCCUUAUGUCUCAAACUCUCGUACACUCGGCGGAUCUGACAAAGCAUGGAAUCAACUAUGUCUCGACCCUGAGCUGUACAGCUGGUGGGCGAAAGGCUAUUGCGCUUUCAAGUUUAUGCACUCGCAUGAUAUCAGCGCAGGAAAGGAAAUGGUGACGUUGCAGUUUCGAUGGAUGCCGCAGAUCAAGAAAAGGCCUCGUAUGACUAUGAAAAUUCACGGCACUGGCCCCGAGAACGACUGGCUGAAUUUGAUGGCUGAGCUCGAUACUUUCCACGCCCAGCAUCAGCCUCCGCCUAAAAUAGGAGGCAAGACACUUCGAGCCACCACUAAAGCUGGCACACCUCUUCAAUCUGGGCAUCUCAUUCAUAUAUGUCUGCCUAAAGAAGAUGUGGAGCGCCUCGAGGUUGUCAUCAAUCUUCAGUGGUGCUCCAUAGUUUUCAUGGCCUUCAUUGGCGCUGCGGGUACCCCUGAGAUGCCUCUACGCGACAAACUUGAGGAAAAGGUUAUGACUUGGCUUGAGGAUGAAUCUGGCGCUAGUGAUCAGGACGAGAUUGACAGAGACUGA